AUGCAGUGGAUUCCGCUUGACAGCUUUUUCAACGGGCUCAUGGAGUCACCGUUGCUUAUGAUAGUCGCCUGCGUGGGCAUGUUCAAAAUUGUUGGAGGGCUGUUCAAUAGUGUGUGGUGCGCUGCCGCCGCUCUGUUGCUACGCGACUGCGACCUACUUACCAAAAUGCUUCCGGAGAAGAAGGCAUACUGGAAGGGUCGAACAGCUUGGGUCACAGGUGCCUGCAGCGGCAUUGGACUGAGCGUCGCGCGGCUCCUAGCGAUGCGUGGCUGCAAGAUUAUCAUGUCCAGUAAUCGUCCGGAGGCACUCAAAGCUGCAGUUGAUGACAUUAUCAAGUUCUGUAACAACAAAGGAACGCAGAGGAAAGAAAGCGACUUCCUUGUCUUGCCGUGCGAUAUGCUUCACCUCGAAACUUUGGAUGAGACGGUGACGAAAGCGAAGGAAUGGCAAGGCAAGAUCGACUUCUUGUUUAACAAUGCCGGUAUAAUUGGAGUUGGCGCCCUCAUGCCGUACAAAUCUGAUGAGCGAGUCGUUGUUGUCGAUUUACUCGCUCAAAUGAAGAUCACAAAAUUGGUUGUGCCAAUCAUGAAGGAGUCGGGUUUCGGCCACAUCAUAUUCACGGACUCCAUGUACAGCCGCUUCGUCACCGGAGGCUUUGCUUCGUACUGUGCGGCGAAGCACGGGCUGCGAGCGUUUGCGGAAGGACUCGAUAGAGAGUUCAAGGCAAAGGGAUACAACAUUGCCGUUACGAAUAUUUGCCCGGGAUGGGUAAACACGCCCAUCUAUUCGAGAGCUGUAGGACCGGCAGAGAUGCCAGAGGCGAUAGACUACAAGAGCAAAAAAGUUACCAUCGGCCUCUCAAGCGACUGCGUUGCGGAGAAAAUCCUUAAAUCGUCUUCGAACAGGUUGAGCGAGUGCUGGGUUUCGCGGAACCCAGAGCUUCUGAUUGCGUACUUCAACUACUAUGUUCCCUUUGCCACUCGUAUCUUCCUCGAUGCCGCGGCGAAAAGCAUGUGUGCUGCAACAGACGAAACAGUGUCCGAUAUUCUCGCUCAAAAGGCGAUCAACAUCAAGCCGAAAGGAGAGGAGCUCCGAUGA